UGCAGGUGAUAGUUCGCUCCGCAGACCCUGAGGAUCCACGACAGACGGGCGGUGUCUUUUCAUACAUCUGUCAAUGAACUCACUUGAACUGUCUUUUUUCUAAAAAAAAAACCUCGACCUGUCUUUCCACCGAGAAUCAUUUCACUGAUCUUACUUUUUUGCUGCUGAGCGCGGUGCGCAAGCGCGUGCGUAAAGAUUCAGGGGCUUUUAAACGUUGGGAAGGACGCAUCUUACGCAUCAGAAGGUACACGUAAAGAAGACAUCGUCAAACAAGGUCUGAUUAAAUUAAUUGUAUUUCUGAUUCGUUUCUCUUAAGAAUCAAGCAUUUGCCUCGUUGUUAUCGGUCAUGGCAUGGCCCUGUUUAACCAGGGCUUGCUGCAUCAAUCGCUUCUGGAGUGAUCUGGACAAAGGUGACAUUGCGGUGCCUUUGGUUUUCACUAAAUAUUCAGAUGUGGCCGAUGUGCAACAUCUGCACCCGCAACCCAAACCACUCAUUUCACAGAAGCCUCCGGUCGCCGCAGAAAGCCAGCCCGUCCAUAGCGCGCAUCCAGAGGCGUCGGCCAAAGCCAUCCACGCCGCUGCUGAUGCCGCAGGACCAUCAUCAUCUCCUCACGACGGCUCGAGCGCUUCCGUGACGCGCGAGGAUUUCAAAGCAUGGAGCGUGCGUCCCGAGAGAAGCUGUAAGCCUAGGAACGAGUACCAACCAUCCAAGGCGCCUUUCAACAAUGUGACUCAGUAUCAGAAAGAUUAUAAACCGUGGCCCAUUCCGAAGAGGGGAGACCAUCCGUGGAUAGCCAAACCCACCCCUGCGUCCUGUAAGGCUGAGAGUAAAUUCUCCAAACAGGAGCAAGCCACUUCUGAGGUUGAAACCGGCGUGGAGAAAUGCGAGAUCGAGGAGAAGAUGCAGGAAAAAGAGAGUAAAGAAAAAAGAAAGAAGUCUGAUAAAAAAGAGAAUAUCUCUGAUGUUGUUAAAAAGGAUAGGCCGGCAGAUGUUGCAGUGGAUGGGAAAAAGAGGUCAACAGCAGAUGCUCUGAACAGGCAGAUUAAGCAGGAGGUCACAUCUGGAAGCUCAUACAGGACGGAGUUCAAAGCUUACACAGAUGUCAAACCAGUGAAACCGAUCAAAGCAAAAUCUCAGUAUAAACUCCUAGAAGGGGGGAAAACCAACUUGGAGACCAGUUACAACGCCACCUUUAAAGGAGAGCAGGGCAAGCCUCAGACCACAGACAACAAGGUGAUGGAACGCCGCCGGAUACGAAGCCUGUACAACGAGCCGAGCAAAGAAUCAAGCAAGGUGGAGAGGCAUCACGUAUCACUUUCCAAGCCAAAAAAGACAACAAGCCAUAGCAAAACAGUGAAAAAAACAAAGGAAAAGAAAAUCGCAGCAAAUCCAGCAGCCAAGAAGAAAACCUCAGCCAGCAACCCGGAGCCAAUGCCAGAGGGAGGCGUCACCAAGAAAAGCAAAGAAAUUAUCAACAGACUAGCCGAAGGAAAAGAUUAAGUGGACUUUUGUGUUGAGGGGAGGUGGGGAGGGCUACAGUACCGGAACAGAGGACUCUCAUCCCCUCGUUCAUUACUCUUACGGCCCUGCCUUCUGUGUCUUUGCCUGCUUGCUGUAGUGGAUCAAGGAGUGUCUGCUUGAUUUGUCUUGACUGCGCGGCCACUGUCCAGUCUAUUACGAAUCUGUCUUUGCUUUUGCCCUGCGUCCUUCCAUAUACAUCAAUAGCUUUCUCCGUGGCAAAGAUAUUUUACUGAACCUUAUUGCAUGCUGCCUUCGAGAAAAUGGCCACAAGCCUUAUAAAAAUACUGCUUUCGCUUUCUCUUGUAUUGAGAGAUAUUUAUUGUAAACAUGAAUGGUUCUUCCUUUCAAUCACUCUCAAGAAUGUAAUGGGUUUCUGAAAGUAUACAGAACACCCUAAAUGCAUCAAUGGAUCACAUUCUAAUAGUUCACGUCACAUUGUUGUAUAACUCACAUAAAUCCACAGUAAAUCACAAGAAUGUCAGAAUUUCCUUCACAAGUGCACAUUAUCAAAGCAUAUUCAAGAUUCUCUUCCAAGAAUUUGGAUGGACCAGUCAAUCUUAUUGUUAACUUAGUGUAGAGCAUUACGCUUUUGAAACCGUUUGAAGCUCACCUUGCUCGGUUCUUAAAGUAACAAUCAAAUAUCAUGUGAUGAAAGAAUUUGUAAUCGUAAACCUUAAACUGCCUGCUGCUUUCAUGAAGUGUUGAAUCGGGAAGAAUGCUGUUAACUACACAGCUGAGUUCCAGCUUUUGAGACUGUACAGAGAAGCCCUGACAGACAGAAGCAUGCCCAGUAUUAUCACCUGUACUGUUCGUCUAACAUUAUUCGAUUCUGUUAUCGAAGUGCUGGCAUGCUCCUGCCCGAAGGUUGACAGCCCUGUCAAAUGAAACUCUACAGCCUCUUGGUUUCUUGCUCCUCAUGGGUUGUCCAAAACAUGUGCUUCAUGCACAGCAUUCUAGGUGCUAUCCUCAAGCUAUGCUUUUCCAUUAUAAACAGUAGUGCCUGUAUAUUGAGCAACAUGGGGCCGAUGUCAAGUGGUUCAAUUGUAUGUGUGAUGUGCUGUGUUGUGAGCUUGCAUUGAAUGAAAAUGAUUAAA